ACACUCGUCGGCCUGAAGUGAACGAUCAUCAUCCUCCACUCAAUCACAAAACAUCAUGUGGAAGCACCGCUGCUACCACGACUAUGAACGCCGCCGGCUCAUCCGCCGCAUACUCCUCGGCAUCCUGGCAUUUGUCGGCCUCGUUCUCCUCACCAUCAUCGUGAUAUUGAUCAUUUUGAGACCCACCAAACCCCGUUUCACCCUCCAGGACGCCGUCCUUUAUGCCUUCAACCUCCCACCCUCGCCCCCCGAGCUACCUCCUCCCACCCUCAACCUCACCAUGCAGGCCACUUUGUCUGCUCACAACCCCAAUGACGGAAUCGGCAUUUUCUAUCGCUCCCUCGAUGUCUACGUCUCCUACCGUGGCCAACAGGUCUCGAGGGCCGUGGUCAUCCCCCCCUCAUACCAAGACCAUCACGAUAUUACCGUCUGGUCGCCCUACUUGUACGGAAACGCCGUGCCGCUUCCGCCAUACGCGCUGGACGCUGUGCGGGAGGAGCUGAAUACUGGGGCGGUGAUGCUCAAGGUGGUGGUCGAAGGAGAAGUUAAAUGGAAGGUAGGUUCGUGGGUGUCUGGAACGUACCACCUCCACGUCAACUGUCCCGCUUACAUCAGGCUCGCCGGUGGCCACAUCAGUGGCCCGGAAAGAUGCGGUGUUGAUGUUUAAUGCACUUGAAGCGAGAGCAAAGUUAUAAUCGAACUAGCUGUUGAACGAAAACACUCUUCAUCAUCCCAUUUGUAGUCUACAAGUGAGGUUUUAGGUGGUAUAAUCAUAUAUCUCAUCUUAGGUGGUCGAUGUUUAGUUGUGUAACUGAUAAGCCAAAGCAAUUUGCAAUUAUCAUUGUUCUUGUUGUUUAGUCUUCGCAUCCUACAUCAUGCAGGCACCUCAUGUUAGGAUGUUUGAAAUGGAAUUGACGUGAUGUUCCUACUUUAGAAAAACAAA